CCGCGCUCCGCUCCGCUCGCUCAGUCCGCGGGCCGCGCCGCCCGCUCCGCAGCCUCCCGCCGCCCGGCAGCCCCGCGCCCCGCGCCCAGUCCGCCCUCCGGGGACCCGCCCUCCCGUCCGCUCGGCCGCCCGGGAAGAUGCGGCUCCCGGAAUGGAUCCUCUUGCUCCUCGGCCCGUGGCUCCUUAGGAAGGCCGUCAGUGCCCAGAUACCAGAUUCCGGAAGAUCGCAGUACCUGGAACUGCACCCAGCCCCGACCAGAGGGCGCACCCCUAGCCAACAGCUCCGGUUGCCUAGGUCUUCCGAAGGCCUGGGCACUGCCCGCGCCUGGAGCUGGGCCUGGCCGGCUAACCACACGGGGGCGCUGGCGCGGGCUGGGUCGGCCGGAGCGCUGCCCGCGCAGCGCAGCAAAAUGAAGCCGUCCAUCAAAGCGGCCCGCGCCAAAAAGAUCUUUGGCUGGGGAGACUUCUACUUUCGGGUGCAUACCCUCAAGUUCUCGCUGCUGGUGACUGGCAAGAUCGUGGACCAUGUGAACGGUACCUUCAGUGUGUAUUUCCGCCACAACUCGUCCAGCCUGGGCAAUCUCAGUGUCAGUAUCGUACCACCCUCAAAGCUCGUGGAGUUCGGGGGCGUUUGGCUGCCUGGGCCUGGUCCCCACUCUCUGCAGUCCACGCUGGCCCUGGAAGGGGUGCUUCCUGGGCUGGGGCCCCCACUGAGAAUGGCGGCUGCCGCUGCAGGUCCGGGGCUUGGAGGCUCCCUCGGAGGUGCACUGGCAGGCCCCCUCGGGGGUAUGCUGGGAGUGCCUGGGGCCAAAGAGUCCCGGGCUUUCAAUUGCCACGUGGAAUACGAGAAGACUAACCGCGCGCGCAAGCACCGCCCAUGCCUGUACGACCCUUCGCAAGUGUGCUUCACAGAGCACACACAGAGUCAGGCUGCCUGGCUCUGUGCCAAGCCCUUCAAAGUCAUUUGUAUCUUCGUCUCCUUCCUCAGCUUUGACUACAAACUGGUGCAGAAAGUGUGCCCAGAUUAUAACUUCCAGAGCGAGCACCCCUACUUCGGAUAGCGCCCCGGCCCCGGCUCCGGCCCUGAGCUUCCCGCCAAGUUCCAGCCUCCCCAGAGUAGGGUCCCUACCAGUUCAGUUGCCGGGUGGCAGCGUCCACACCUUCCGCACGGGGGCGGGGCGGGGGGAACAGUCCUCCCCGGAUGUCAGCCGGCACAGUUUCCCUUUCUCUUACCAGGAGUUCCCACGAGCCUGGGGUAGCAGCCCCAAAGUAGGCGGGGUCUCGAAGCGACCCCAGGGUCUACUGCUUGCCCACUGGAUCCCCUUCCAUCCUUGGCGCUGGGCUGGGCACUCCCUUUGCCCAAAGCUUUAAUAACGCCUGGCCCCCUCAUCAUGUCCUGACUUCUUCCAAAUGCCUAUCUUUCUCCUCCACCAUGUCCCCGCCUGCAGACUGUGAAGGCCCAUAAGCCUCGGGCUGUCCCCUUUCUCUGCUUGCCGUUUGCUGUCUGCCUUCUCUCCCAGCCUGCGGAAGCAGAGCUCCUAGCUGGGACGUUCAGCCCGGCCCCUACCCGUGCCCCUGCCCCUGCUCUUCCCACCCCAUUCUCACUCUUGCAGUCCAGCUCCACCUGACCUUGCCGGCUGCUGCUUCUCGGUAAUAUUUUUUUUUUCUACGCCAAAACAGAAAAGGGAACAAAAUAAAGUGAAAACCACUA